UUCUUAACAGCAACAAAAAAAUAACGAAACAGCACACCUUAAACAAACAAAAUAAAAAUCCAAAACAGGCCGUCCAUCACUCAUUCAGAGUAAACAUGUUCUGUUGUUGCCUUCUCUGCAACAAACUCCCAAACAUGUCCCAGCUGUUGCCUUUACUGCAACAUUCUUCUGAGUGAUCCCUUCCAGGGCCAAACCCCGUCCCUUUUGAGCUCAUAGCCCCUCCCACAGGCUUACCGUCAACAGGUGACAACAAUUAAACUUCAAACCACAUUUCAACAUAAAAAUCCGACCCAAACAUAAAACAGGUUAACCACCUCUUAACAUAAUCAUUUAACAAAUUAACAAACACACAAUAAAUAAUAAAUUGCAUGGUUCCUUUUUAGGAAGAGAGCAGGAAAUGUUUGGUGUGUGUGUAGUGUGUGUGUGUGACUGUGUGUGUGUCGGCUGUCAGUGGCGGAGUCGGUCACUCAUGUGAUCCGCUCCAUCACAAUGGUUAUGUUUUUGAUAUGAAAGUUAUUCAAGUAAACCCGCAGGAAGCGACAUGUGCUCAUCUUGACUGAGAAAAGAAGACGCAACUACUUUGAGGAAGGAAGUACAUUCAACAUUUCUCUUUAAGAGGCAGCCGGUCUAGAGACUUACACGAAUACAAGAGACACGAUGGACGAGUUCAAACGGAUUCAAAUGUCUUCACUUCUCAUUCUGCUGCUUCAGUUUACAGGGGCUGCAAUUGGACAGCGUCUCCUCUACCCCUCUGUCAGAGCUGGAGAUGAAGCCACUUUGCCGUGUAACAGUGUGAUUAAUGAUCAGGGUCAAUGUGAUGGUACUACCUGGCUCUUCACUGAUUCAGUAGAGCUGGUUAAAGGUGGGCAGAUUGUUGACAAAGCUGAAUCAGACAGACUGAGAGUUACAGAGAAUUGUUCUCUGGUUAUGAAGAAGGUCACAGAGGAGGAUGCUGGUUAUUACACCUGCAGACAGUUCAACAGAUCAGAUCAACAAGAAGGUCUAGACUCUGAGGUUCUUCUGUCUGUUGUUUCCAUGACUGGACAUCAGGACAAUGAUGAGGUGACGUUAAGCUGCUCUGUAUCGACAUAUAGAGGAGGAUGUAUACACCCAGUGAAGUGGCUGCUUCAGGGUCAAGAUGUGGACAAAGAUCACAGAGAGAUAAACACAUCACAGUCUUACUGCUCUGCCUCUGUGACAUUUCUGACUUCUCUCUUUAGUAACACCACAAGGUCUGAGUUGUUUACUUGUGCAGUAACUAAUGGUUACAACGGAGAAGUGCAUCUGUUUCCCUUCAGCCCUCAGUCCUCAGGUGAGGACACAACAACAACAACAACAGAGAGCGACUCCAGAUCAGGUCUCUUGAGGCACAUCCUCGUGCCUGUGGGUUUAGCCGCUCUCAUAAUGAUUGUCGUGGCGGUCAACAUCUGGACGAGAGCUAAAGAGAAGCAAACACAGAUGGAUGAAAUCAAUGUGCGUUAUGAUGUAGAUGAUGGUACAGUGAACUAUGAAAACAUCAGACCUCCUGAUGGAGUUUGAGCAACACUUCUGCCUCCAUCAGACUCCACUGAUCAACAACGUCUACAUCUAUCAUCAGGAGUGGAAGAUUAUACACUCAUUCUGAAUGACAUAUUAUUUCAUUUUAGUCUUGAUCUAAUAAACCACUGGAUGUCACUGUAAA